CGCGAAGCCAAUGCUACGGGUGGCGGACCGAAUGCAAUGAAAAUUUUGUCGCCAAUGGAAGAAGUGGUAGUUAAAUUAUUAUCCUUGGACAAAAUGAUUAAUCAUGCUGGUACUUCAUAUGGCCUGCCUCGCCGUGAGUCUCCGCAAGCAAGGUCACCACCAACAUCACAACCAGAGCGCCAUCAGCAUACAACUUUUGGAUCGCCACUGCUUAGCAGUACUUUACAGGGGCAUCUUCCGAACAACGAAGUCGAAGAAGCAGAAGAAACAGUGGAUAUUGAGAAAACUGUUAAUUGUUCAUCGAAACGCAAGCGGCGGAAUACAGAUACCAGAGAUGAUCGUCUGGACUUACUGGUUGAGCAAACGGAAAAUAUAAAAAAGAUAGUUGAACAUACGGGGGAAAUAGCUCGCUACGCGCGGAAAAGUUAUAAGUUGAGAGAAGACGAAGCCAGACAACGCAUCGAAAGUGAGCUAAGGAAAGAGAAAGCCAGAAAGGAUGAGCUUGAAUACAAUAAGCAGCUAUUGGAAUAUAAGAAGAGAAAACUGGACAUUCUGGAACGUAUGAAUAAGAAGAAGUAAUUUGAACUGUGUGUGUGUGUGUGUGUGUGUGUGUGUGUGUGUGUGUGUGUGUGUGUGUGUGUAAGAGUAUGCGAGCGAGAGGGAGGGGAUAAGUUUUGGGUUUUGUCGUAAGGAAGGUUUUGUAAGGCUUUGUCGUUAAAAUAAAUAUAAAUAAAUGCGAUGUGAUGAAUAAGAACAA